CUCACCUGCGGCGCUGCAUUCAUUGACGACAUUGCAUGUACGUGGUGUUGGUAUUUUUUGUGAUUGUGGUAAAGUUUUCUUCUUUGGCGUGCGCAUACACCUGGAACACAAAUAAGAUCACUUCCUUUAGCUGCGUUCAAUGGAAUAUUUCCAGCAGGCUGUGAAAGAAGUGAAUCACAAACAACUCCGAAAGACAACGAGGGUGCGCCGUGCCUUUAGAGCUGUUCCCGUGCGGUGGUAGAAACUAGUCUCGGGGGCCACAAAAACCCAACAGAACCACAAACGGCCCAGCGAUGGGCGGGCAGAAAUUUCAGUACGACGAGAGUGGAGGAACUUUCUUCUACUUCAUAUUGUCGUUUCUGGCACUGAUUCUCGUACCGACCACGUUCUACUUUUGGCCACGCAAGAAAAAGGAAGAUCCCACAACAAAGGAAGAACAUUGUUACUGUCAAGGAUGCGUGCAGAAACGAAUCACCAUGGAACAUUCCGACCCGUACAAGGGCCCCAAGGAGCUGCUGGUGAAGCUAUCGAUAGUGGCCGGUUGGUUGCUGCUAGCAUUCCUUACCUACAAGGUGUCCCAGUUCGACUACGAAAUGUCCAACUUUGAUCCGUACGAGAUCCUGGGCGUACCGCUCGGAACGUCCCAGAAGGACAUCAAGAAAGCGUACCGCACGCUGUCGGUUAUACUGCAUCCGGACAAAGAAACCGGUGACGAGAAAGCGUUCAUGAAGCUGACGAAAGCUUACCAGGCCCUUACGGACGAUGAGGCACGCAAGAACUGGGAAAAGUAUGGCAAUCCCGAUGGUCCCGGUGCGACUUCCUUUGGCAUUGCGCUCCCGUCGUGGAUCGUUGAGAAGGAAAACUCCGUCUGGGUGCUGGGAUUGUAUGCGCUGGUGUUUAUGGUUGCGCUACCGAUCGUUGUCGGCACGUGGUGGUAUCGUUCGAUCCGCUACAGUGGCGAUAAGGUGCUGCUCGAUACGACCAACAUGUAUUGGUACUUUUUCCACAAAACUCCGCACAUGGCGGUAAAGCGAGUAAUCAUGAUAUUGGCGGCGAGUUUUGAGUUUGAAAAGCGACACAACAAUCAGGUGAUUGAGCGACCUUCGGAUAACACGGAGGUUCCGGCGCUGAUCCGCGAGUUGCCCUAUCUGAAUGAGAAAUGCAAAGAGUUGCCCUUUGCCCGUAGCUACUCGUUGAAGGCACGCGCCAUUCUUCAUGCACAUCUGUCCCGGAUCCCACUGAACCAGAACACGCUGGAGGUCGAUCGUCAGCUGAUCGUGCGCAAGUGUCCCUACCUGAUCCAGGAGAUGGUGAGCUGCGUUAGUCAUUUGAUAAUGUUGGCUUACGCGAGAAAGAUUCAGCGACUUCCGUCGAUUGAAACGAUCGAGAAUUGCAUGAAGCUGUCACCGAUGGUAAUACAGGGGUUACGCGAAUCGGAACACCCGCUGAUGCAGCUGCCGCACAUGACGAAGGAACUGCGGGCCCAUCUGGCCCGUAAAUUCAACACACGCAAUCUGCAACAGUUGGCCCAACUGAAGCCGGAACAGCGUCGUGCGGCCCUUCGCAGCUUAACCGACGAACAGUACAGCAACGCGGUAAAGGUGCUCGGCCAACUGCCCUUGAUCGAUUUCAACAUGAAGUGUGAGGUGGUGGACGAUGAAAAUUCCAACGUGGUAACGGCCGGUGCGAUCGUCACGGUGACGGUUGAGCUGAUGCGACGCAGCAUGUCGGAACUGUUCGGUGACACAACUGCCAAGGAAAAGCAAGGCAUCACGGAAAGCAACGAAAACGGAGACACGGGUGAUGGUGAUGCCGACGGUGAAUUGGAAGCGACCGACGAUCAGAAACAGGAAGUGAAGGCGAAAAAGCCGUCCGGCUGGCAGCAAAAAUCCUCCAAGGGACACAAGAACAAGGCUAAGGCCGGUGCGAAACCGCACAACCGAAAGCUGGCAGCUGCAGCGGCGGCUGCUGCGGCCGCUACUGCUGCUGCUGCUGCUGCGGCGGCGGCUGCCGCAGCUCAGACAGCGAGCCAAUCGUCAACAGCAACGGGUGAGAAGAUAAAGUCUGGCAAGAGUGAAAGGAAAGCGCCAAGAGGUGAUGAGGACGAUGAUUCCGUCGCGGAAGGUGACAGUGGUGCGGAGAGUGACAAUGAUGCCAGCGAGGCAGCAGCCGAUGAUGAUGACGAGUGGGAAAAGUUUCAGCAAAAGAUUAACAAACGCGAAAAACUUGAAGGACGAUCGAAAGUAUCCCACCCGGUUCACUGUCCAAUGUUUCCUGAGGAAAAGCAUGAAUACUGGUGGACGUACAUUUGUGACCGAAAGUCGCACACGCUGCUAACCGUGCCGUACCACGUGACGAACCUGAUUCAUCGCGAGGAGGUGCAGCUCAAGUUUACCGCACCGAAGUGGGCCGGCAUGUACGUGUUUACCGUGUGCCUACGAUCCGAUUCGUACAUCGGCAUGGAUCAGCAGAUCGAUCUGAAGCUGGACGUGAAGGAUCCGGCUGCCAUCCCGACCGAACAUCCGCAGUGGGACAUCAGCGAGUCCGAAUCGGACCACAACGAGAUGCAGGCGAACGAUAGCGAAUUCACCACCGACUCGUCGGACGGCGAGGAUGAGGAAUCGCGAAGGCGAACGGACUAACCGGCCAGCCGUGUUUUUUGCCCAUUUGCCCCCCGGUUCCCAUCCCCAUUCAGUUGGGCGUAAAUGUGGUGGAAUGGUAGAUUCCGUUUUCUUCGUCCUGGUACUGGUGGCAGGGACACCGAGACGAACACAGGAACACACAGUACACAAAACAUACAGAGACAGCAGUAACUUUCCCCGUUCCACGAAAGAAACCGGGUCUAGCUUGACAUUCAUCAAUCCGUUUAGACGCGCGACAUUAGUUAGGUGCCUCUCCGAAUCAACUAUCCCCCCUUUUCUACUUCUACCCGUUGUUUGUUUAAAGAGGCGAUCCCUGUUCAUAUGACCUUGCUUUACACAAAACAAAAAACUCAUUAAACUUUCACCAGAAACUGUUUGCUAUUACAGCUGCUGGGAAACCUAUAAUAGGAGGUGGACUGAUUGAAGUAGAACGACUAAAACCUCACACACCCGUGCAAAAGGAACGGUGUGGAGAAGCAUUAAAUGAGGAAUUGGACGAGAGAGUGAGAGGAUUAAAAUAUAUUGAACAAUGAAAUGGAAAAGAUUGUUUAUAUUUGUGUUCCUGUGGAAUAAUGGUAUGGUGAAAUUGUGGCACCCUUUGGGUAGUAUAAAAGAGAAGAAAAUAUACACAAAACUGUGCAGGAAACGUU